UAAUACUGGGAAUGCAGUGUAUGCCCCUGGCUGAUCAGCUUCCAAUGUGUGUAGGUAUAUGGCUACUAGGGAGGUACAAUUACUUUACCAAGUAAUGCGCGACGUACUGAUACACCAAAUAUGGAUGUGCGUACGCAGUACUCUCGUAGCCAGGUGAUCAACAACUAUGACCAAGUUUUGUCCGGCAGCCUGUCUACCAUCGAUACAGUACCCUCGAAUAACUCACGUGUACCUCAUAUAGGCGUUUGUGACGCCUCAUCGGCUGAUCUGUACAUGAUCAGGUUAGAAGAAUUGCUACUGUUUGACCCUAAGGCAUAUUUUACAGGGCCCGAAGUUACAGUACCAUUCUGCCACAGGGCAUCCGUGCACCGUUAUAGGAUACGGCAUACAGCUGAUCGCGGCAGUAAUAGAUCUCAGGGUACAAUUCGUGCUACCAGGUCAUAUGGAUCACCAAGUGAGGGUUCAGAUCCAGAUAAUGAUGACCAGCAUUUUGGCUUUGGGUCAAAUGCAACUGUUACUAAGGAGCGCUAUAAAUAUGUCCUCCCCAAGGAGGACGAACAUCAGUCAUCGCCCACAACUAUUACAGUGACCAAUUCCACCAGUUGGUCAGGUCGGUAUGAGUGGACUGAUGCUGUACAUCGCAUAAAUCGUGAAGUAUUCAAGAAUCCAGGUUUUCGUCCAACUCAGUUGGAGGCUAUAAACUGCAUAUUAAGUAAACGCGACACCUUUGUGGUAAUGCCAACUGGUGGUGGCAAGUCAUUGUGUUUUCAGCUACCGGUGGUUUAUGAUGGCAUGCUGCGUACUGGCGGCGUUACGGUAGUAGUGAUGCCACUGGUAUCGUUGAUCCAAGACCAGAUAAAGCGUUUAAAUACUUUGGGCAUACCAUGCAAUGCAUUGGUAGGUGAAAUCAGUUAUAGUGACCGUGAGGUGGUCUUUGAAGAUAUCAGGUCACGCGGCGAAGGGUCUUGUGUUUUAUUUGUCACUCCCGAACGUAUAACAACCUCCAAGGCAGUUCUGCAGGUAUUCCGUAACCUAGAGAGCCAAAACAGACUCUCUAGAUUCGUUAUCGACGAGGCUCAUUGCGUAUCUGAAUGGGGAAAUGAUUUUCGUCCAGAUUACAAGGCAAUGGGCCUAUUUAAGCAUGAAUUCCCAAAUGUGCCUGUAUGCGCAUUGACUGCCACUGCGACUCCGCAGGUGGUAGCGGAUGUCUGUGCAGAGUUGCGUCUUAAGGAGCCCACGGUACUCAAGUCUAACUUUAACAGGCCUAAUCUUAGGUACGAGGUGCUGCCUAAAGACCGUAACUGGGAUAAGUCACUAACCCAAUUGGUUCAGCUGAUUAAUAGCCGCUUCAAGGGGUUGUGUGGCAUUGUGUACUGUCUAAGUUGUAAUGAAGUUGAACGUGUAACGGAGGCACUAGGCACCAGUAUGAAGGUAGCGCCUUACCACGCCCAGAUGAAUAUGGCGUUGCGUACUUCAUACUAUGACCAAUGGAUGUCGGGAUCAGUGGAUGUCAUGGUUGCGACUCUGGCGUUUGGUAUGGGUAUCGAUAAAAGUGACGUCCGCUUUGUCGUCCACUUUUCAAUACCAAAGUCUAUUGAAAACUACUUCCAAGAAGCGGGUCGAGCAGGGCGUGACGGUAAGCCUUCUUGGUGUAUAAUAUUCUACCUUUUCCAUGAUUCACGUCGCUUGUUGGCGCUUAGUGUCCUGUCUAAUCCAACGGGACCAUGUCAACAGGAGCAUGUCAGUCGCAACAAUAUAUUGAGUGUAGCCGGUUACUGUGAAAGCGGCUAUGCAUGCCGUCGUAAAGCCCUGCUGUCACACUUUGGCGAAACUUUACAGGGGCGCUGUGACCUGCCGUGUGAUACUUGCGCCACGGGUGCUGCUAGCCAAUACACCAAGCGUGAUUGCAGACAGGAAGCUUUGUUUAUAUGUGACUCUCUGCUGACGGCUGCUAGAGCCAAGACAAACAUCCAAAAUACGAUGCUUAGUUUGCAUAAGCUUUUAACUGCACGUAAAACGGAGAGUAAUGCGCUAUCGGGGUACCUGAGGUCACGUGGAUUCACUAAUGAUGGUGCCAUGUUACUACUCAAGCAAAUGGUGAUACACCAGUUACUCAUUGAGCGCGUGACGCGUGUUACCAAUCAAAACUUCCCGUCAUUCUAUAUAGGGGUCAAUGGUAAAUUCAGGCAGUAUCUAUCGCGUAUGGAAUUUAUCUACUUCCCCGCCUCUGUCAGUAUUUUGUCUACAUCGAAACAUGCCGGUACUACUGCCACCAGGAUGAAUUUAGAAACAAGUCCCACGCCAGCUAAGAAAAACCUUGGAUCUUCCACUAGGCGUGUGAAAGCAUCGGGAAGCGCGAGUACUACCAACGUUAAAAGAGCAACGGGCGCUGCAACCUCUAAGAAAGCAUUGAAUAUAAACAAACCAUUCGCUCCACCGACAAAAUGCGAGUUUAACACAGCUUACCCUAUGAAGUCUCAAAGUGCACCCGUGACUCCAGCAAAGCGAAACUACAACAAAACAGGCGUAAAAACAACACCCAAAAAGACAGCCGUAAGAAAGACAACGGCUAAAUCCACACCAAAAAUGAAGUUACCUAACGGUUUAAUUAAAAAAUAAAAAUGGACGUCUAGGCUAUAACAGGGUUCA